GUGUUUUAUGCUCUUCUGCUCUUUAGAUUAGCUUGAUUGUUGAGUCUCCUAAAAUUAUGGCAGGCAAGCAGCAAUCCUCGGAACCACCGUCUCUGAUUACGUCACUUCCCCAAGACGUCAUAUUUGACAUAUUAUCGCGUCUAUCUAGAUUCGACUAUCCAGCACUCUCCCUAGUUUGCAAGCACUUCCGAUCAAUAGCUGCGUCGCCUGAGUUAUUCACAACACGAUCCUUGUUGGGACGCACGGAGCAAUGUCUCUAUGUUGUCCUCUCUAACAUGGGCGAACUUUACAGUAACCGGUUUUAUAUUCUCUGCCAGAAAGCAGACGGCGAACGCCGCUUGGGCCUUAUCCCGUCGCUUCCUGCAAUUCAUACAUAUUUUAGCUAUGCAAAAAUGGGAUACUUAGCAGUUGGAUCGAGGAUAUAUGUGUUUGGUCAAAGUACCACGGACCGUAUGAUGUCUUUAAGCAUUGACUGUGUAUCUCACACCGUGCAACUCCUCCCUAGUAUGCCUGUAACCAUGUGUAAUACAGUGGCUGACAUAAUCGAGGGGAGAAUCUACGUAAUUGGAUAUCACAAUCGUAACGACUGGAAGAGGAAGAUGGUGGUGCUCAAUACAGAAACACAAAUGUGGGAGCCUGAGAUGAUAUGGCUAGACGACUCUGAUUGUUAUAUAUGCAAUAAUAGUUGUGUGGUGAUGGCUGAUAAGCUAUACACGAGGAAUUCUGCUAACAGCUUUUUUUACGAUCCAAAGGAGAAUAAAUGGGAAACGGACGAGAUGCUGGAUCUUAAGAUUUGGCACAAUGCGUGUGUUAUUGAUGAUGUGUUGUACUACUUGGAUUUUUAUGAGAAAGAGCUAAGGGCAUACGAUGGAAAGAAGAGGUGUUGGCAAGUGGUGAAAGGUUUGGAAGCAUUGUUGUCUGAGACGACAAGAUACCGAAUAGAGGUGUGGUCGCCAAAGACGGUUAGUUACGAUGGUAAACUGGAUUUGUUUUUCCAUUCUCUAAGACGACACGAAGACAAACUCUGUGAAGUUUGGUGUGCUGAGAUUUAGCUGGAAACACGCCAAGGAGGGGAGAUUUGGGGUAAAGUUGAGUGGUGCGAGCGUCUCGCGACUGGAAAUUUUUGCUUUAUGAAAGCUCUUGAUGUUGUUGUUUUAUACGUCAACCCUCCUUCUUCAUAUGAUAAACUUGUGUUUUUUUCUUUUUAAUAAAAAUUUGCUUG